AUCAAAAAAAUCAUCGCAGCUUCAAACAAUAUUACUAUUAUUUCCAUCCUGCAUACUGCAUCCUGCGUCCUGCGUCCCUAGGAGGCCUAAUAUACGCUAUUUAGCUACUACGACAAUCCUCAUUUGCCUUCAACCGCUAUCAACAGCAGGCAGAGACAUCCUACGCAAGUUAUGGCUGCGGCCACGGCUACAGGCGAUGCCGCUUCGCCCGUAGCAGUCGUGUGUGUUGGCAUGGCAGGCUCUGGGAAGACCACUUUUAUGCAGCGAAUCAACUCAUACCUGCAUUCUGAAAAAAGUACGCCAUAUGUCCUGAAUCUCGAUCCUGCGGUGCAUUCGGUUCCGUUCGAGAGCAAUAUCGACAUUCGUGAUUCGAUCAACUACAAGGAAGUGAUGAAACAGUACAAUCUAGGGCCGAACGGUGGUAUCUUGACUUCGCUUAAUUUAUUUGCCACCAAAAUCGACCAGAUCAUCUCUCUAUUGGAGAAACGCACGGCACCGACCGACCUAGCCAACUCUAGUGAGCGACCGAUUAAGCAUAUCCUGGUCGAUACCCCUGGUCAGAUCGAAGUGUUUGUGUGGAGCGCGUCGGGAAGUAUCUUUCUGGAGACACUGGCGUCUUCUUUCCCUACAGUGAUUGCGUAUGUAAUCGACACACCUCGUACUAGUUCCACAAGCACGUUCAUGAGCAACAUGCUCUAUGCCUGCAGUAUCCUGUACAAGACGAAGCUGCCAAUGAUAUUAGUGUUUAACAAGACCGACGUUCAGGAUGCAGAAUUCGCGAAGGAAUGGAUGUCAGAUUUUGAUGCUUUCCAGAAUGCUCUGCGGCAGGAGGAAGAUGCGGGGGCCUUUGGAGGAGAAGGUGGUGCCGGGGGAUUUGGCGCGGGCAGUGGGUACAUGGGUUCGUUGCUCAACAGUAUGAGUUUAAUGCUGGAAGAGUUCUACCGCCAUCUGAGCGUGGUGGGGGUGAGCUCUAUGACAGGAGACGGCAUUGGUGAAUUCUUCCAGGCCGUGGAAGAGAAGCGCCAGGAGUUUGAACGAGACUAUCGACCAGAGCUCGAGCGUAAGAAACAAGCGCGAGCUGAGGAGGCAUCCCAGAGGAGAGAGGUCGAGUUGGGUAAGCUAAUGAAAGACAUGGCUGUCUCUCGCGAAACAUCACAUGGGAAAACCGCACCGGAGACUGUGAGCGAUGCAGAAGAGGACCCACAGGGGGACGAUGCCAUUGGCGACAGUGACAGCGACGGACUCUCCGGGGAAAGCGACUCUGCUUCCGCGCUGGGAGAGGAUGCUGGCCUAACACAACGGUACCAGGAAGCACUAGUCGAUUCGUCUCAGCCAACAGACGAAGACUUCAGCUUCAUGAGGUACCUACGUGCCACCAACCCUCAGUGAACCAUUAUCAUUGGCAUGUCAUAACAACAUUUACAAUUAUGCUAUCCGUACGUCCGCCUUCCAUCCGUGGUGCAGUGCCGCAAUUCAAAACAAACGAA